AUGGGAGUGGGCGACUACGUCCACUCCAAAGAAGUCGGGCAGCCUCGUGCACCUGCUGACCUAGGACCGUCGCAUCGCCAACUGCGGGGCGCGCAAGCAAAAUUCGAGGUGCCUAUCACCCAAGUGGAUGAUUUCAAUGCUCACGGGAGACCUGCUCCACUCAAUUCUCUCGGAGCAAGGCCCAUUGGACAACAGCCUUUUACAAUACACGCUGAAAAUGUGGCUCACCGGGAUGCAUUUGAUACGGACGCUGAAGGCGUCGAUGAUUCAACAAUUGCGGGCACCAGUGUUUUCGGAUUUGACGAUGGACAAGCUCAUGUCACGUCUAACUCAAAUGGUCGCUACAUAGAUACCUCUCCUCGUCCUUCUUACUUGCCUCGCCCUUCUCGGCAUUCCCGGGCAUCUUGGUUUGAUGGUAUGGGUGAUAAGGCCAUGAAGAAAGCGGGCUUUGACUCCGAUGACGCCGAUGAUACUUCCAGUCAGGUGACUUCAACGGCUCCUGCGGACGAUGAAAAGACCGAUCAACAACAGCAGGAAAAUCAGCCAAGCAGCUGGUACCUUGCUCACAAGCACCGUUCAACAGAAGAACCACUCAGCAAGCGAUUGGAGAAUUUCUGGGCUGCAAGUAAGAAGGCGCCUAGAUCGGCGGAUCACCAACAGGUUGAUACUUGGCAAAUGACUUCUGUGGAACCUGUCAAUGAGCCUAGCCCACCACGAAAGUUGGGACAUAUGUUACCUCAUACAGCCGCUAGGAAGAUCAUACUCCCCCACAGCAUGUCCGCGACGCCAAGAACGCGUUUUAGCCCACCCAAACCUUCCUUGCUGGAUCAAUUAGACAGAUCUCCAACCCGCCACGGCUCUGAACCGCCUCCGCAGGCUGGGCGAGCUCUCAGUAUCACAGCCUUUGCGCAGCCCGACCACAGUGACGAUGAGGCCGGCAUUGAUGAAACUAUUCGUCUGAGCAGCAGACGAGAUAGUGACCACUCCUCAAAUAUCUUUGGUAUCACAAACAUGUCAGAUCUGGACCGCGAUGAAUCUGUGAUUGAAGCCGGACAAGAUCCAUUCCUCGCUCAGUCGGCCUCCAAGCGCGGCCGUCGCAACACGGUCAUUCAUAACAACAAGCGCGAACUGGAGUCGGAUUACCCACCACAGCAGCUGUAUCAAAAGUCAUUCGCCGAGCUACAGGCUGAACCAUUCGAGAAAGCACCAUCACCCACUCCUUCCCCCAUCAAGUCACCCUCUUUGCCACCCGAUCCUAUUUUCGCGUCGAACAGCGAGUCAUCAGACAAGGCAGCGUCUCAACUUUUAACCCUCACAGACCAAGACCGCCAAAUUUACCUGUCUCAUAUGACUGUGGAUGAGUGGGAAGACUGCGGAGAUCAGCUCAUCGAUCAAUUCAGCCACCUUCUCAUGCAAAUGAAAAAGCUGCGUCGCGCCCGUCGAAAUACAGCCCAGGUGUUUGAAAACGAAAUCAAGCGCCGUCACGAACAGGUCGAGACGCAAAAUCAAGAUCUCUCCGCAAAGCUGGAUGAAAUGAGAACCGGGGGCGCGGAGGUACUUCGUGGACGGAAUCAAUGA